AUGGCCCCCAAGAAGAACAAGAAGGAUGCCAACAGCAUCAACUCGCGCCUUGCGCUUGUGAUGAAGUCUGGAAAGGUGACCCUCGGCUACAAGAGCACCCUGAAGAGCCUGCGAACCGGAAAGGCCAAGCUCGUCAUCAUCGCCGGCAACACUCCUCCUCUCCGCAAGUCCGAGCUGGAGUACUACUCUAUGCUGUCCAAGGUCGCCGUUCACCACUUCAGCGGAAGCAACAUUGAACUCGGUACCAGCUGCGGAAAGCUGUUCUCCUGCUCUACCAUGGCUGUUCUGGAUGCUGGUGACUCCGAUAUCCUCAGCGACCAGCAGGCUUAG